AUGCCUUUGCCAACUUUACCUCCAAUCACCACUACUGUUCUUAUGACAACUGAGGAAACAGGACAGGAACAAGACACACUGGGAGGCGGAUUUGAUCCAGCCCAAGCAUUUAAAGGAGAUCUAGCAAAUUUUAAUUUGUGGGACAGGGAAUUAGAAGGUGUAGAUAUCCUAAACUCCACACACGACUGUUCAUGUGAUAUUGAAGGCAAUGUGUUUUCAUGGAAGUCUGAUAGUCUUGAUAUUACCGGAACUGCACUAGUCUCGGCUAUAGAUUUCUGUCCUCAGCCUUCACUAACGAACGUAGCACUAGACAAGAAUGCAACGCAGAGCAGCGAUUGGUCAGUUUCUUUCCCAGCAUCCAAUGCGGUGGAUGGUAAUACAAACACACACUGGGUUAGUGGCAGUUGUACCAGCACACUCAGUGACAUUAAUGCAUGGUGGAAAGUUGAUCUUGGUGAAAAUUAUCUUGUAUAUGAAGUUAUUCUUACUAAUCGUCUAGAUCCGUGCUGUAAAACGCGUAUUUUGAACAGCGAGGUUAGAAUUGGUGUAUCGGAUGUCAUAUCUGAAAAUAUCCGAUGCGGUGAAUUAGUUACACUAGAACAAACCAGUCAGUCAGACAUCGUAUUUGAAUGUGACAGUCCGAUUGUUGGACGUUACGCCAGUCUGCAGCUUGUGGACAGAACUGAUCUUCUUAACUUUUGUGAAAUGCAAGUGAUGGCAAUAGAAAAUAUUGCUCUAAAUGGAAUUGCCAGCCAGAGUAGUACUGCUUCUGGAGGACUGCCAGUUCGUGCAAUAGAUGGAAAUGAUUCUUCUACGUAUAGUCAAGGGAGUUGCAUGCACACGCUAAAGGAACUAAACAGUUGGUGGAAAGUAGAUUUGGAAACAACUUACGAUAUUUUUAAAGUGGUUAUAACGAAUCGUGGAGAUUGUUGCGAAGAUAGAAUUGAUGGUGCUGUAGUUUUGAUUGGAGAAAACGCCGAUAUAAGCCAAAAUCACCAAUGUGGUGUUCAAAUAGACUGGAAUUCUAACACAUAUGAAGAAAGAAUUCCCUUUGAUUGUCAGCUGAGUGGUCGUUAUGUUGGUGUACAACUAAAAGACCAUAACAAUUGGUUAACUUUAUGUGAAGUAGAAGUUUAUGGUUCUUAA